AUGGCCCCAUCGAAGACCCAAGAGACACCUGAGCCUUCGUCCCACAAAAGUGCCGACCUUCUCAAGCACUCGGACGAGUCGGUUCUUACAGACGAAGAUCGCAGAGAACUUGUUUUUACCGACAAACAUAGUUCCCCGGAUGUCUAUAUUAGCUACAACAAAGAUACUCUGUGGCAUCCCUGGACAGGAACAUUAGAGCUCAAGCCUCUGCGCUUUGAAACACGCUCUGGACAUUUCGUUGUAUCGCUACGAACGCCUGUUGAUGCUUGGCUCGGUAAGCACAGGCACCGGGGUACCGUUACAGCUGUCACAAUGUCUGGAAACUGGCGAUACAAGGAGUACGACUGGGUUGCCGGACCUGGUGACUAUGUCGUUGAGAAUCCCGGAACGAUCCAUACGCUAUCCAUGGGUGCUGGAUCAGAGCUUGAGACAGACGAUGGACAUCUUUAG